AUCCGACAAACGGUCACACUGCCCCCACAAAAGAAAAUUUUGGACGAAAAUUGUUAGAGAUUUCCGCUUUUAAUUAACAAUGAUGAAUUAAUUAGCGCUGGAAUUAACACAAGCUGUAACUUCAGAAACUUUCACGUGUCCAAGGCAAUAGGAAGCGAUGGCUGUGCUGGGCGCCCAGUUGGUCAUCACCUUGGUGAUGGUCAGCGUCAUCCAGAAGCUGAGUCCGCACUACUCCUUCGCCAAGUGGAUCCUGUGCCGCACCGGCCUGCAUCGCUACCUGCAUCCCACCGACGACGAGCUGCGAUCCCGUGGCGGAGUGCCCAAGGAGAAGCCGCCGAAGGGUGGCCGUAACAAACAGGCAAAUGGGUCGGGAACUGGAGGAUCUGGACAGUUCCACAUACCGCGCAGCAUCGAAGUGGAGCUGCAGACAUCACCGGUUCUCGAGAGGGAUGUGAUCCACCUGCGAUACUUCACCGAAUACCAGUGGCUGCUGGACUUCAGCGUCUACACUGGCAUCGUCUACGUGGUUUCCGAGCUCUUCCACUUCUACUACCCACUGCGCCAGGAGAUCAACCUCAGCAUGGUCUGGUGCCUGCUAGUCAUCUUCUUUGCCCUAAAGCUGCUCUCCUCGCUCACGGUGCUCUACUUUCAAAGUGAGGAGUCAAUCGGCGAGCGAUCGAUGGUGAUUGUAGCCUGCCUGGUCUACCUGCUGGUGGCAAUGAUCGUGCUGAUCGUGGACGAACGGAUCCUGGAGACGGGACUGGAGGAUGCCUAUGCCAGCUUUAAUGCUAGUGCUUCCAAGUUCCUCACCGAGCAGGGCCUGCCAUCGUCUGGUCCCGCCUCCAAAAUCGUGGUCAAGUUCUUUUUGGCGAUGGGAUGCGGACUGCUCGGUUCGCUGUUUACCUUUCCCGGCUUGCGGAUGGCCAAGAUGCACUGGGAUUCGCUGAAGUACUGCCGCGGUAAUAAGCUGCUGCAAGUGCUUCUGAAUCUCAGCUUCGUGCUGCCAUUCAUCCUGGUCAUCCUGUGGAUACGCCCCAUUAGCCGCGACUACUUGACGGUGCGCGUGUUCCAGGGAAUGCAACAGCCACUAUUGAAGCCACACGUCUUCGAGACCCUUCGCCUGCUGUUGGUGAUCCUAGUGGUGGUGGUCCGCUUUGCCCUGAUGCCCAUAUAUCUGCAGUCGUACCUGAAUCUAGCCCACGACAAGAUCCUGGAUCUGCGCAAGGAGGCCGGUCGGAUCACCAAUGUUGAGUUCAAGCAGAAGAUCUCGUCGAUUUUCUAUUAUCUGUGUGUUGUGACCCUGCAAUUUGCUGCCCCUUUGAUUCUGUGCCUUUAUCUCACGCUAAUGUACAAGAGUCUGGGCGGCUUCAGUUGGGCGGGAAUCUUCCGGGAAAGCGGCGUCCUGCAACACGAAUGUGCAGCUAGCGAAGUGGAGCCAGCGGGAGCUGGUGGUGCAGUGUCUGAAGGAGAUGGUGAUUUCAAUAUCCUCGAGUCGGCGCAAUCUCUACAGGCUUCCUUCAGCAGCUUGAAAAACGUCUUUUCCACAGAGGUGUACAAGGGUUUUCUUGGCUUUGCCACCUGGUGGAGCUACUUUACGUUGUUCGCCACUUCAUCUCUGGGCAUUGUCUACCAGUCAUAUUUCAACAAGACCUAAGGCCAUUUAAAUAUACACCUGGAAUCCUUAUAGUAGUAGAACUUUGUUCUUUUAUAGUCGAAUUGUAUCGCACAUGCAAUUAAUAUUGUUUUCUACUCAUCUGGCGAAUACUUUGACUCUCACCAUGUUUUGUAAAUAAUAAUACUUUACUCAUUGUUUGUGUGUAACGAAGACUUUAAACCAGGCUGCCCUGAGAGUAACCAAAGUAAAUAAAAGAUAAUCUGAAACUAA